UACAAGAUACAAUUGUAUUUGGGAGUUGUCUGCUCAUCUUGAUACACUGAGCCAUAGCUCGAAAGCAACGAAGGAAUCGAGGAACCUCAACCAUGGGUGGCUUUUUGCUGACAGUCGCUGUUUUUCUUGUGCUGGUAGAAGCAGUGACGCCUUUGAAGUGUUAUAGAUGCAGCGGCACUGAAGAUGACUGUAAAAAGAGCACUCUGGAAGGCGAGAAGAGCAAGUAUUUGAUAGACUGCGAUUCGUCAUAUGACAAAUGUAUGAGAACCUUUCUCAAGAAGGAUAGCGCGACCUUGGUGUCGAACUCCUGUACUAACCAGCUGGGCUGUAAUCAGGAGAUAAUCGGCUGUGGUCAGUAUAACGACGUGACUUGCAAGGUUAGCUGCUGUGACGAGGACGCGUGCAACGUGGGCUCAAAUGUCUCCUUCAACGUUUUCCUGUUGACCGCAUUCUCUAUCCUGGGCCUGGCACUACUGAUGUAAGCCGUGGAGCAAGCCUUUUUACUGUUUGGUGUAUUCACUGCCUUAUUGAUUACAUAGACUCAAUGCACUUCUUAGCUGUUGUACCAGAACUGCAUUUUGUUCAGGAAAAAAUUUCAGUCCCGGAUAAUUUUCAAUCAAAAACUUCUUGCAGAUUUUCAUUCAUUUCCAUUUGUAACCUUUUACAGUUUCAUCAAACUUUUUUUUUUAAUUGUUGUAUUUCAAUUAGCGUUUUCACUGAAAGACGAUGAGUUAUGCACAUUCCGUAGGGCUCUGGUUUUGAGAGAUUUAAAUCAAAUGAAUUCUUUUUAGGUCUAACCAUAUAUUUGUAAACCCUGAUCAAUUUUUUACCGUGUCUAAUUAAAGAAUAAUUAAAGAUUAAAGAAAGAUUGACUGA